UUCUUAUGUGACCAAAUAAAAAAACAAAUUUUGUGUUUUUCUGCCAUUUUUGUAUCAGAUUUCUGGUUGAUCGAUGUUUGUAAUAUUUUCUAUAGUUACGAACGCUCAUAACACUUUUUCCGCUCGUGUCUCCUUGUCUCUUGAGUGACUUAAAAAAAAUAUCUGCGGAUAGUUCCAAAUCCGUUUACCUCCCUAUACUACCAUGUCCGCAGCGGCGGUAGCCAAGGUGCAAGAAGUCCGGGAGAUUUCCCGUGUAGAACGUAUCGGUGCCCAUUCUCACAUACGUGGACUUGGGUUGGACGACAACAGGGAACCAAGAAAUGUUUCACAGGGGCUGGUUGGUCAGUUGAAAGCUCGCAAGGCCAUGGGCGUUGUAUUAGAUAUGAUAAAAGAGGAGAAGAUUGCUGGAAGGUCUGUUCUACUCGCCGGUGAACCUGGCACAGGAAAGACUGCUAUUGCCAUGGCAUUAGCACAAGCUUUGGGUUCUGAUACACCGUUUACUUGCAUGUCUGGUUCAGAGAUAUAUAGUUUAGAAAUGAGCAAAACAGAAGCACUGACUCAAGCCAUCCGUAAAUCAAUUGGUGUUCGUAUUAAGGAGGAAAGUGAGAUUAUUGAAGGUGAAGUAGUAGAGUUCCAAAUAGAGCGUCCAGUUACAGGAACAGGGUCUAAAGUAGGAAAGUUAACUAUGAGAACUACUGACAUGGAGACUGUUUAUGAUCUUGGAAACAAAAUGAUUGAAGCUUUGUUAAAAGAAAAAGUUUUGGCCGGAGACGUUGUGACUAUUGAUGUUGCCAGUGGCAAAGUUAACAAAAUUGGACGGUCAUUUACUAGAUCAAGAGAUUAUGAUGCAUCUGGCCCACAAACUAGAUUUGUGCAGUGUCCAGAAGGCGAACUUCAAAAACGCAAAGAAGUUGUACAUACAGUUACGUUACAUGAAAUUGAUGUGAUUAAUUCUAGGACACAUGGUUUUCUCGCUUUAUUUUCAGGUGACACGGGUGAAAUAAAGUCAGAAGUUAGAGACCAAAUUAACUGUAAAGUUAGCGAAUGGCGUGAAGAGGGAAAAGCUGAAUUAUUAGCAGGUGUUCUUUUCAUUGAUGAAGUGCACAUGUUAGACAUAGAAUGUUUUUCAUUCCUGAAUAGAGCAUUAGAAAAUGAAAUUGCACCAAUUGUAAUAACAGCCACCAACCGUGGAGUGACAAACAUUCGAGGAACAAACUAUAAAUCACCUCAUGGUGUACCACUUGAUUUACUUGACCGCAUGGUCAUUAUUAUGACCCAACCCUAUUCUGAAAAUGAAUUAGAGCAAAUCUUAAAAAUUAGGGCUGAAGAAGAAGACUGUGAAAUAUCCAAAGAUGCCCUGUCCAUUUUAGCUAAGAUCAGUAAAUCAACUUCGCUGCGAUACGGCAUUCAAUUGAUAACAACUGCCCACUUAGUAUGCCGAAAACGUAAAGCGACUGAAGUGACUGUAGAUGAUGUUAAAAAGGUAUACAGACUGUUUUUGGAUGAAGAACGUUCAACUCAGCUUAUGAAAGAAUAUCAAAAAGAAUAUAUGUUUGAUCAUUAUGCAAUAACAGAUGCUGAAAAUGAAGAAGAUAAACAUGAUGACUCAAUGGAAGUACAAGAUAACAGCGCAUCGUCUACAUAAUUAAAACUUUUAAUGUUAAAUUGUCUUAGACUAUAAAGUUUCUGUUUUGUAAUUAAAAUAUUAAUUAUAAUUUA